CUCAUUAAUGUUAUUAUUAUUAUUACUCAUGCCUUAUCGUAGUCGUCGUUUUAUUUGCGCGAGCUGCAAAAUCUAUCGGAAAAAGCGAGAGCAGACCGAUUACCGUGCGUGCAAGGGUGCCCCGGUAAUUAGAUUGUCCGGUGUGGAGAAGUGGUAACCGCAUCAGUGGGUGGAAUACGACGCGUUGUGCAAUAGGGCGACAGCAUUGGUGUGUGUGUGUCCGUGGUGCCGGAGCACGGAGCAAGUUUGGCAAUCGGGUAUCAUCACCUAGGGUGAGGUAGCACCGGAUUGCAACACAGUGUGUGAGCUGCCACACGCCCAACAUCAGCCCUCGACCUGAUCAAAACAGAAGCAAUAUGUCUGCAGAAUCGGCCGUUUACGAGGCGCUCCAGUAUGCCUGCAGCCAGGACACGCAGAUGCUGAAACCGGCCGAGCAAAAGCUGGCCGAGUGGGAGGUACAGCCCGGCUUUCACCUUACUCUGGUGAAGAUUUUCUCCAACCAGUCGCUUGAUGCCGGUGUGCGGUGGAUGGCUUCGCUGUACUUUAAAAACGGCGUGCUAAAGUACUGGCGUGCGUCGGCCCAGAAUGCAAUACUGCGCGAAGAGAAGCUGGAAAUCAAGAAACUGCUGCUGAUGAAAUUCGACGAACCCGUACAACAGAUUGCCGUACAGAUAGCGGUCCUGAUCGGCAACAUUAAUCGCCACGAAUGUCUGAACGAUUGGAAGGAGCUGAUACCGACGAUAGUGAAGGCGGUGCAGAGCGACGAUAUGCUCGUGCAGCACCGUGGUCUGAUGGUGAUGCUGCACGUCGUCAAGGUGCUCUGCUCGAAGCGCAUCCCGCGCGACCGGCAACAGUUCCAGUCGUUCGCCCUCACCUGGUACGACUUUGUGCUGAACCUGUGGGAAGGCUUUACACAGCUGUUCUUUACGAACAUCUGCGAGCAGAACUGUGCGAUCGAGGUGUGCGCCUCGAACCUGGAAAAGGCCAUCUUCUCGCUGCGCAUACUGAAGAAGCUGACCAUCUACGGCAUUACCGAUCCGCUCAAGUCGGAGGGCUGCAUGAUGCUGAUACGGGUAAUGUUUCAGCGGCUGAAGGAUCUGCUGGAGUGUCGCAUGCGCGUGAAGCGCAUGCUGCGUGAAGCGGAAAGCAACGCGGCGCCGUCCAGCACGGUGAACAAUGAAGCAAUAGAGAUCAUGCGCAAGCUGUCGGUGAACUUGGAAAAGUUUAUCGUAAAGCACAUGAAGUUCCUCAAUCUGUUCUACGAGACGCACCCGGACGUGUUUUCCUCGUUCGUGGCGGUUUCGUUCGAGUUCUGCUUUAACUACGUGUUCCACGAGGGCACGAAUCUGAUCUUCGAGGACAAUGUAAUCACCUUUCCCAACUUUGCCAUCCAGUGCCUCUGCCUGCUGAAAGGAAUUCUGUCGCCAAACACGUUGAAGCUGGAUGUGCUGCCGCGCGUCUCGAACUAUCUCGCCGGAGAGGCAAAAGAACGCGUAAACAACGCAAAGGUGGACUUUUUCACGCCCGAACGUUUGAGCUACAUAUUCGAGAAGCUCAUCAUGCACUACUUCCUACUGACGCCGGACGAGUUCGAACAGUGGGACACAGACCCGGAAGGCUACACCUCGGACGAGGGUGGCGAUUCGUGGAAGUACAACUUACGGUCGUCUGCGGAAGCGUUCUACAUGAUCCUCUUCCAAAAGUUCAGCCCCACGAUGAUCGAGGAGCUGCGAAAGUACAUCACAAAGUCGCAAUCGAUAACGCUCACCGAGAACUCCGAUAUGAACGAUCUGCUUAUAAAGGAUUCCAUCUACAAUGCGACGGGCCUGGCCGCAUUCACACUGUUCGAUGAGAUAAACUUUGAUGAAUGGUUCUCCCGGCAGCUGCUGGAGGAGCUAAAGUUUAAAUCUCACAACUUCCGCAUCAUCCGCAAGCGCAUCAUCUGGCUUGUCGGGCAAUGGACCGGCGUUAGGUUCUCGAAAGCGUUACGCCCUCAAGUGUAUCAGGCGUGUUUGGAGCUGCUGCAGCCAUCUGAGGAUUUGGCCGUCCGGUUGACCGCUUCCAAAAGCUUACGCAGCAUCAUGGAUGACUUUGAGUUUGUGGCCGAGCAGUUUGUGGAGUACCUCGAACCGGCAGUGGCGCUGCUGUUCGGCCUGCUGAAGGAAGCGGUUGAGUGCGAAACGAAGAUGACCGUGCUGUACGUGAUGUCUUUCAUCAUCGAAAAGAUGUCCAUGUCCAUGCGGAUCGAUGUGCAGAGUCUAGUCCAGUAUCUACCGCUGCUGUGGGAGGAGAGCCGGGAACACAACAUGCUUCGCUGUGCAAUUAUUUCCACAUUGUUGCAGAUAAUAAAAGCCUUGUAUGAAAUACCCUCGUCGGAACCGAUCGUGGCAUUUAUCUAUCAGAUAAUAGAGAUGAGCACGAAUGUGAACGAUCCCUCGCACGUGUAUCUGCUGGAGGAAGGGUUGGAGCUGUGGGUUGUGGUGGUGCACUACAGCCGCACCAUGAAUCAGGAGUUGCUUAAUCUGUGUGAAAAUCUAGUACCUCUAAUACAGCAAUCGUCUAGCAAUAUGAACAUAUGUUUGGCAAUAGUGCAGGCGUACGUGUUUCUCGGCGCCGAAGUGUUUCUUCCACGGUACGGGCAGGAGAUUGUGAAAACGUGCCAGUAUCUGCUGACCGAUUUACGCGCGGACGGUGUGGUGCUGAUAAACCGAUUCUUCCUCACGCUGCUGCAAGCUGUACCAAAGUUCGCCAUCGAACUGUUGCGACCGUAUCUGGUGGAAGUGUUUCGAUCCUACUACCAGCAGACCAACUUCCCGCAAGUGUUACAGAUUUACCUGCAAAUAAUUUCCCGGGUGCUGGUCAACGAUCAGGUAACGUUCAGCGUGGUGCUCUCCGAGACGGGUGCACAGGACGCGCUGGAAAAAAUACUAACCGCCUGGCUGGAGAACAUGCGCCGGGUAACGGCGAUCGAGGAAAGGAAGCUGCUCGCUUUGGCCUUGAGCAGCUUGCUGACCGUUUCGAACGAUGUCAUUUACAAGAACUUUGCAGGCAUUAUAUCGAACGUUACCGAAGCGCUGAACGACAUAAUGGAUGUGUUCUCGCAGGAUACGAAGGUGGAUUCAUUAGUCAUCGACGAUGAAAAUGUGGACAAUGUCGGCGUGACGCUGUUCUCGUACGGAUUCAUCGAUUCCGAUAUGGUGCAGGAGGAAACGCCCCACUUUAGCCGCUGUCGAGCAUUUUGCUUACGCGAUCCAACGCACGUGAUUGUGCUGAAAGACUAUCUACAGAAUCAGCUCGUAGUACUGAAAACCACAAUCGGUGCCGAACAGUACCAAUCGCUGAUGACGUCCGUCGAUCUCCAGACGCUGAAGGAGCUGAGCAGCUUCGUUGCACUCGGCAUCGAUCUACCGACCGGGAUUGACGACGGUGCACCAUAGCCUGAACCCGACAACCUUCCUUCCGACCGACAACCUUCCUUCCGACCGACAACCUUCAACUGCAGCUUACCUACCAUCCCGGGACAUUGCUGUGCGUACGAUCAUCCUACUCGUGUGCGGGCAGCUAAAGUGAAAUUCUCUAGUGUACGCUGAAAUUUUGUCUACGUUUUGACGAAUGACGCCCUUCUGUACUGCUGUACUGCUGCUACCAUUCACCUAUCAUUUCCGUGCUCGACCUACAGUCGUGCUAUCGGAUUCGACCUAACCUACGGCAGGGAGGGCAUGUGGAUUUUUAUAGGAUUUUUUCAACUGUAUGUUUUUGAACUGCUUAUGACCCACAAACACACACACACUAAUGGAUAUUAGAUUUUCACUCAAUUCCCUCUCCUUUCUUCUUCCUCUGUUCCCCCGGACUGUUUGUGUUAAAUAAUGAACUAUUUAAUAAAUUGCACGUCCUUACGCCGA